AUGGGCCGAAUUCAAUCGGGUUCUUCGGAAUGGGCCGAAUUUAUUCGCGUCGAGUCGAAAUGUACCGAAUUCAAUCGCGUUGAGUCGAAUUAUACCGAAUUCAAUCGCGUCGAAUUAAAAUGUACCGAAUUCAAUCGCGUUGAGUCGAAUUAUACCGAAUUCAAUCGCGUCGAAUUAAAAUGUACCGAAUUCAAUCGCGUUGAGUCGAAUUAUACCGAAUUCAAUCGCGUCGAAUUAAAAUGUACCGAAUUCAAUCGCGUUGAGUCGAAUUAUACCGAAUUCAAUCGCGUCGAAUUAAAAUGUACCGAAUUCAAUCGCGUUGAGUCGAAUUAUACCGAAUUCAAUCGCGUCGAAUUAAAAUGUACCGAAUUCAAUCGCGUUGAGUCGAAUUAUACCGAAUUCAAUCGCGUCGAAUUAAAAUGUACCGAAUUCAAUCGCGUUGAGUCGAAUUAUACCGAAUUCAAUCGCGUCGAAUUAAAAUGUACCGAAUUCAAUCGCGUUGAGUCGAAUUAUACCGAAUUCAAUCGCGUCGAAUUAAAAUGUACCGAAUUCAAUCGCGUUGAGUCGAAUUAUACCGAAUUCAAUCGCGUCGAAUUAAAAUGUACCGAAUUCAAUCGCGUUGAGUCGAAUUAUACCGAAUUCAAUCGCGUCGAAUUAAAAUGUACCGAAUUCAAUCGCGUUGAGUCGAAUUAUACCGAAUUCAAUCGCGUCGAAUUAAAAUGUACCGAAUUCAAUCGCGUUGAGUCGAAUUAUACCGAAUUCAAUCGCGUCGAAUUAAAAUGUACCGAAUUCAAUCGCGUUGAGUCGAAUUAUACCGAAUUCAAUCGCGUCGAAUUAAAAUGUACCGAAUUCAAUCGCGUUGAGUCGAAUUAUACCGAAUUCAAUCGCGUUGAGUCGAAUUAUACCGAAUUCAAUCGCAUCGAAUUAAAAUGUACCGAAUUCAAUCGCGUCGAAUUAUAAUGUGUUGAAUUCAAUCGCGUCGAGUCAAAAUAUUGAAUUAAGUCAAGUCAAAUUACAAGAAAUCGAAUCGCCCCAACUUUAAUCGCAACCUCCCUUCACUCACAUAAUGCAUCCUACCUUCUUAGUAUUCAACGUGUGAACACAAACAUCAGUCAAAUUCAUUGCCAAUAAAAAUGAAUAAAAGUAAUAACAUAAAAUUAAUAUUUCAAACAAGUUAUAACAAAUGUUAAUAAGAAUUAAUGCAAUGAACUUGGCUAUAGUAAUAUUCUAAAAUCCAGGUUUUUUUGUACCAAAACAAAUGGCUCGUGAAAGAUUUAUAGCAUGCUGAAUCGCACGAGUAAAAGAACUCUACCGAGAGAAAUCAAUAUACUCGCACAAGUUUGUACGGCGUUGUUUCAAAACGGUUCCCCAAAGGAGAUUUCAAACGGUUUCUCCGUGAGAUAAUCGCCCCUAAAUCCUCACCAGGCUUGCCAUUAACUGCUGGUUUCCAGAAAUUAGGGGUUCUUUGGGGAACUCGAACAACCGACAAUUCUAACGUAAGAUCCUCUUGGUUCCUACAUUUCCAUAAACUUUGCUUGUAAAUCGAUUGUAAACCCACACAAAUGGUAUGUGUUUGGUAGAAAAAUAAACUGAAGAUUUUGGUUACUUUUUACAUUAUUUUCUUUUUUAUUUUAUGUUGACUCUAUUUUGUUCA